GAUGAUAUGAACCUGACGUAUGUUGAUGUGGAGGUACACAACAAACCCCGGGUCUCCAUACACGGCUCACUUCCCCGCUCAUUAUCAUGUGACUUGAUAGAGGGCUUCCUGAGUGAGGUGUGUGAAAACAGCUCUGAUACCUUCACCCUGAUACGGGAAGGAGAUACAGUGCUACUCGGAGAGUUCGAGGUGUCCUUAUCAGCUGAAGAUAUUAUUAAGAUAAAAUCCCAUGAUCAGCAGGUCUUCUACCUCAGCUUCGGAGGGUUAUGUGAACUAUGUAGAAGACAGGAAGCUUUGUUAAAGCUAGCUGUUACAGAGAGGAUAGAGUUGGGGGUUGUGGAGUUCUCUUCUAAUACAUCUCAUACUUCAGGUAGCGGAUACUUCACCCCUGAUACUGGAUCUCAACUCAGUGACUCAGAGUUUACUGGACAUGCCUACCAAAACAUAGAGGAGCCAUUCGAAAUGCUGGAUAUCCAGGAUAGUGGAUUUGGUAUGAUAAUGCAGGAUGUAGAUACGUUUAACGAGCUAGGCAGAAGAGACUCUCAGUUCCAAACUAUGGAGGUAGAUACCAGAGAGGAGGGUUUCAGAGAGGAGGGUUCCAGAGAGGAGGGUUUCUCCAGGGGUGACAUGUUUGAAAUACCUUCAACAUUCCAGUACCAACCCUCUUCUCCUACCAUACUAGACUACAGGAGUAGACAGGACAGUAGCUCCCCGGUCCGGGGUACCAGACCCUCCUCUCCUGUUAGGUUCGGGAGGAUGGACAUGACUCUGAGGGGAGAUCAGGGUGAUAAACCCGGGGAGAGUUCCCACUCUGGUUACCAUGACAACUACACUCCCUCUCCUGACAACUACAUUCCCUCUCCUGUUGCUAAUGAUGAGGAAUUCUUGGUGGAGCGAGGAACCCCGUUACCUUACGGCAAAUCUAACGUUAUCGGAGCGUUAAAUGAGACUCUGCAAAAGAAAGGAGAAAAACCUGCAGAUAUUAUAGUUACUCCACACAGCCAGACCAGCUUCUCAGCAAAAGUGUUUUUCUCCUUCCGAGGAGUGCGCCAUGAGUACGAGUCAGAUACUAGAUUUAGAAAUAAAAAAGAUGCGAGAACGAAUGCUGCUCAUGUUGGUUACGUUGCUCUUAGCGAUCUUAUUAGGCCGGCCCACACAGCCUCUCCACUAGUAGUACGAGACUCACAACGGACCACUCCUCCUGGGAAGUGUGGAGUUACCAUGGUUACUCCAACUAAGAACUAUAAGAACCUCCUUCAAGAGUUCUGUCAGAAGAACAGUCACCCUGCUCCCGAGUACACUGCGUUAGAUGUUGGGGACCAACACUCUCACGCUUUUGAAGCGACUGUUUCUGUGAAGCUGAAUACCGGAAGACUGAUAAAAGAAACAUCUGAUCGGCUGGACACGAAGAAGGCUGCUACCUUUCAAGCUGCAGCACGUGCUUACAAUUCUAUACUUGGUGGACACAGGUUGGGAAACGGAACACGUGAUUCAAGUCCUCAACCCUCCACUCCUGCCAAGUCUGGUGUUACCAUGGUUACUACUGGUGUUACCAUGGUUACUACUUCUAUAAACUGGAAGAACAAGCUUCAGGAGCUGUUUCAGAAGAACAGUCUCUCAGCUCCUAAAUACACUCCUUCACCUGGCCUUGAAGGAUUCAAAUCCACAGUUUACCUGGAGCUUGAAAAGGACGGAUCUAAAAGUAGAAGGUUCACUUCAGAUCUAAAAAAGAACGUGAAAGCAGCAGACAUGCACGCGGCAGAGUUAGCGUACAGAGCUCUGGCGGAGAACACCUCUGAGAUAGGACAGAUUGGAAGGACCUGGGAUUUCAGGGACUGGCACAAUUCCAG